CGCUCGGCCGCCCUCCUGCUCCUGCCGCUCCCCGGGCUGCCGGGGCAGGCCAGAGGUCCGGGCAGAGCCCCCCGGCGUCUGCUCGCUUCGCGGAGCGGAGGCUGAGGCUCGGCGCUUCCAGCAGCCGGACAGGCGCCGAGAGCUGCGCCUGGAGCAGGCGAGACGCAGCCGGCAUCCGCGGUCUGUUCUGCGCCCCUGAGCGCUCGAGCUGGUCGUGGCCGGGCUGAGCGAUCAGGCCUGCUCUGACACAAAAGACACGAUGUCUUCUGGAAGCGACUGCCAACCGCAGACAUUGAGCAAACCAACAUUUGGUGAAAAGGAAGCGACAGAAUUGGUUGACAGGGUGUUUGGAUUAAAGGUGUCCUGGAUCAGGCCUCUCCCCAGCUAUGAUGAUCAGAAUUUCCAUGUGCGUGUCACAAAAAGCAAAGGUGAGGCCGAAGGUGCAGAUGAAUAUGUCCUCAAAAUCACCAAUUCGGAAGACAGCCAGGAGCCUGAUCUCAUUGAAGCACAGACACAGGCCAUGAUAUUUCUCAGUGCUGAAGGCUUUCCUUCAGCUACACCUUACCUUACAAAAGAUGGUAACAUCAUGUCUCUGGAGCCAAGAGGUAGUGGACCUGACAGCAAAAAGUACAUGGUCAGACUACUGACUUACCUGCCAGGUACACCAGUAGCAAAAGUUGCUGCAAAACUUGCUACAAAUCCCCAGAUUUUCUAUGAGAUUGGUAAGCUAGCUGCCAGUUUGGAUAAAGCUCUCUCAGAGAAAUUCCAUCAUCCAUCAGUAAAAAGUCUGCAUCGAGGCCAGUUCAUUUGGAACCUGGCCAACGUCCCUCUUCUAGAUCGGUACAUUUAUGCCCUGGGCCAGAACCAAUAUCGUGAAGUUGUGGAACAAGUUAUUGAGCAAUUUAAAGAGAAAAUCAUACCCAAACUAAGCAGUUUUCGAGCCUGUAUCAAUCAUGGAGAUCUCAAUGACCAUAAUAUUCUGGUGGACUCCACCUCUCCUUCCUUGGGGGCUCCUCAGUACACAGUGUCCGGCAUCCUGGACUUUAGUGACAUGAGCUACGGCUACUACGUGUUUGAGGUGGCGAUAGCCAUGAUGUACAUGAUGAUCGAGAGCGCGGACCCGCUGCGGGUCGGGGGCCACGUCCUGGCCGGCUUUGAGCGCGUCCUGCCGCUGACGGAGGAGGAGCGGGGCGCCCUCUUCCUCCUGGUGUGCGGCAGGUUCGCGCAGUCCCUCGUCAUCGCGGCCCACACGGCCCUGGCCUACCCGGAGAACCGGGACUACCUGCUGGUCACGGCGCGCACCGGCUGGAGGCACCUCACGCGGAUGGCCGAGGCGGGGCAGGCCGCCGUCGAGCAGCUCUGGUUUGACACUGCCCGCGCCUACGGGCCCCGCGGGGCCGCCGACUGAGGCGGGGGCUGCCCCUGCCCCCCCGCACGGCGCCCCCGGCCCCGCA